AUGGCUAAGCCCAAGUUUCAAAACUCAAGACGACACAAAAAUGCGAAAGAAUUGAGGCCUGGAACGAUGAAGUCAAAACUUGGUUCUGUAAGUUAUGUUUCUUGGGUCUUCACACAUUUACAGAGGGAACGACUUCUGACUAGAGAGUUGAGAGAGUUGGGUAAAGUGGGGGGGAUUUUUGACAAGCGUGUUGGUGCAAAGGACCCGUCAAUCUCGCCAUCCGAUGCUGCCUUGCGUCGACACAUUAUCGAAAAAUUGCGUCAAAUGGAGACGCUAGGUAUGGUAUCAAUGGACGAUGAUUCUUUCAGCAAAGCAGCGAUGGGUGCUGUGAAGACAAACAAACAUGCUUCAUUUGAUGACGAUCUGGGAGGUCUUUCUGCUGAUGUUGUGGAGAACGAGUUUUUUGCUGGUGGUCUCCUUACUGCCGUAAAACCUGGCGAGAACGGUCGUUUGAACAAACAUGAUAGCCUUUUGGAAAGGAUCGCAAAGACCAAGGAAGAGCGACUGAAGCGUGUGGAGGAGAAUGAGGCCAACCGUCAGAAGCUUAAAGAUGCUGACUCUGAGUGGGCUGACAAGGUCCGCUUUAUGCUAGCCAAAUUCGCCAAACUCAAGCCAAAGAAUGCCAAGGCUGCAGACAAAAUGGACAAAGGUCGCUCCGAAGUUUGGCGAUUACUAAAAGGAUUUUCGUCAGGCAAAACAGUCGCUCCUAUUGGUGCCAAAGUCGAAACUGAGGCAUUGAGGAACAAUCGGUUGCUUGUGAACUUAGAAUCCAUCGUUGCAAGAAGAGCUGGAGAAAAAAAUUCAUUCCUAGUCACCUCAGAACAGGCGAGAACAGAAAACUCACACCUUCGUCUCCUUUGUCGUAUCAACUCUUGCGAGCCCAUCCUAGUAUCCUGGAUUGCCGCUGAGCUGCGGGGCCUUGUAGUAACGCAACUUUCAGACGUUGUACGUGGUCUACUGCUUACUCAGAUCCUUCUGACAGAUGUCAUCUCAAAGAAGCUAAGAGGGGAAGAUAAUCAGAACAUAAAACUUCAUAAACGCAAUCGCAUGAAUGGGAUUUUCGUUCCUGAAGCUGUGCUUUUCCUCCUGCGUCUCAUCGAUGAAGCAAGCAAGAACAAUGGGAUUCUCCUCAUUUCUGAGGAUGCGUCCUCCGUUGAAGAUUCAGUCUUUAGUAGUCUCGAUUAUCGCGUGGCGUUAGGCCAAAGGUCUAUUCACGAGGAGGAGAUGGCAGCAUACCGUCUGGCAUGCUUGGAUAGGUGUCUUUCCCUAACGAACUCUUUUUUUGAAGUCUACGCCGCUUAUCUUCCAGCACCUGCAGUUUGUCAGGUCUUUUCUGGCUUCUCGCUUGAUCGCCUAAAUACCGGUCACUUGCCUGUUAGCAUUGUGACGAAAGUUCAACAGCUGUGCGAGAGAGUAGCCAAGUUGAGGGCGCAGCCUAGGCCAGAGGGCAUUAGUACCGAAGACAAGAUUUCGCUAUUACUGGCCGACAAGAAUGCUACACCUCGAGCUCUCGAGAAGGCAGGGCUUGUGCCUCAGCUAGAGCCAGACUUUGAUCAAAAAAUGGAUGCUAGAAAACCGAAGAAGAAGCUCACGAAUGUGGUAUUGAGGCAGAAAUUGGCUAAGGCGAAGCGAGACACCGUUCGUGAGCUGAGGAGAGAUGCUCAAUUUCUUGCCGACCACGACAGGAAGAAGACCAAGGCUGGUGACGAGUUGCGGAAGAGGAAGACACAAGCAAUUAUUGCUUCCAUGCGCAGCAUUGAAUGA